AUGGCAGAGAAAGCUCAAAAAGAAGCGAAGGUCUAUAACCAGGUGCACCAAAACUCGAUUCUUGAAGAAUUGGUGACCAAAGAAAAGAGAUACGCGAAACUCAAUAAAGUCUGUAACCCAAAUCCUACCAAGAAAUACUUUGACGGGGCAGAAAAACCAAACUCAUUCGCCAGAAAUGAUCCUGCAGACAAUACGUUUUUCGAAAAAGCAAAGGUAGCAUUUGGUUCACCUCAAGAGAGAUAUGGAGAUGCGCCUGUGACCGUAAAUCAAGAAUAUGGCUGGGUGCAUACGCGGUUAGAAAUCAACGCUCCGGAUUACGAAUAUGCUCUAUACAAACCAAAGUGCGCUACUGAAAUGACUCGCCGAGGCUACAUCAAACGCUGA